GUUCCAUUGUCCCUCCAUUAAAACACAUCAACAGAUCUGCAGACCAUGAAGAACAAGAUGAAGAUGAAGAAUACAUUGACAUUGACAUGGAAAGAAAGAGGCCCCUACUUUCCCAGCAGAUGACCUCUUCUACAGAGGUAACCUCCUCCCUCUUCACCUCCCUCCAAGGCUCCAAAUGGUCCAAAAGCUCCUCCAAACCACCAUUGUUGAAGACCCCAAAUGGCCCAAAAGCUCAACAGCACCUCCCACAAAAACACCCACAACUCCAUUGGACUCCUGCAACAUUUCCCCAUCUGAAUCUUGCAGGGUGAGCUGUGAGCUCAGCCCUCAAGACUUCAACUUUGCCUGGUCAACUGAUCUGUCCACUCUCAUCAAUGCCCACCCAAAGAAAUCUUGGUCAAAGAAGCUCAAACUGGUCAAGAAGUCUCUGACUAGCAGCCACAAGAUCAAGGCUUAUCUCAAGGGGCUGUUCAUCAAAUCUGGAAGUGAUCAUCAGCCUUUUCCCAGAAGUCAAGAUUUGGAUGGUGUUCAUGUGAAAUCCUCAUCUUCUCCAAACCCAACCAUUGCUAGUGUGCUCAGGAAUGGUGAGAAAGAUGAGAUUGAAGAAAAUGUGGUGAAUAGUCACAGCAGAAGAGGAGCAGCAGUGGCACUUCAGAGAUUGAGAGCUCAAUUGAAGCUGCAAUUGCCCAUUGCAGAAAGUCUCAAGAACUCAGCAACCCAACUAAUCAUCCAUUAUCAUCAAUUUUGAGUGAAAACAAAUCUGGGGUUUCAAA